AUGUCAGCGUCGGAAUCGGAGUCAGGUAGUGCCGAGUUACUGGAUGCGACUCCUGCUGCUUCAACCUCCCGGCGCAGCAACCGAAUCGCAGCCCAGAGUGAGUCCGCCUCUCAGAUCAGGGAGACGCUAAGGGCUAGGGGAAUUACUCCGGCCCCGGGCCUGGAGCUUUCGCAGCUCCAAGAUCUGGCCAGCAACGGCGUGGUCUGCGAAACUCCGGUUCGGGUUCAACGCCCCGCAUCCUCUGGCCCCGCAGCUGCUCCGGGUCGGAAACGCACGAGGAAAACACACCAUCUUGCUCCUCAAGCCAAGCGUAAGCGAGCCUCGGCUGUCUCUGCUCCUCCUGACCAUCCAGAUGCUGCUCUCCAUGCACCAGAUGUCGCCCUCACAUCUACCCUUCAGUCUCUGGUAAACAGCAUGAAUGCAAUUGAUGCCCGCCUCCAGUGCCUGGAGAACGCCCAAGCCUCAUCCUCCUCCUCUGCCAUGUUUUCUGUCCCGCCAUUGCUGCACCCACCGGCGCCGGUAAUGGAUCCGGCACCGGUUCCUCAGCCAUCCUCAUCCUUCGCAACAGCCCCUGACGUGCCUCAGCAUUCCCUGGCCUCCGCUGUCCCCGCACCGACAAUAGAGCGCUCAGCCUUCCCAGCAGCUAACAACGAACCAUCUUCUCUUCAGAAAGAGAAAACCGACAGCCGCGGCCGAAAGGUUUCGCCCUCCGCAGCAGAAUCGCCGUGGUUCAAAGACUUAUUAAAAAUCCACCCAUCAACUCCAAUAAAUGUCCCAGCUCUUGCAUCAGAAUUGUCCUCGCAUCCUGAUUCUGUGUUUGUUGAUCAUUUGCUCUCUGGUUUGUCCCAAGGGUUCCGGGUGGGGGUCGUCUCGUCCCUUUCCUCCUCAUACGUCUCCAAAAAUCUUCAGUCCGCGAUCCAAGAGCCAGACUUAGUAUCUCAGUUACUUAAGAAAGAGCUCGAUAAAGGUUAUCUAAUUGGCCCAUUCAACUCGUCUCCGUUUCCCGUGUUUCGCACUAGCCCAGUGGGAAUAGCCACGAGAAAAUACUCCGGCAAAAAACGUCUAAUAGUCGACCUCUCGGCUCCUCGCUCCGGUCCAGUCCCAAGCAUUAACAGUCUCAUUCCUCCCGCAUCUUUCUCUCUUCACUACUCCACUGUUGACAAUGCUAUCAAGCUUAUCAAGCUAUCCGGCCAGGGCGCAUGGCUUUCAAAAGCCGACAUCACCGAUGCUUUCAAAAUCUGCCCAAUCCAUCCCUCGCAGUGGCAUCUGUUCGGUCUCAAGUGGGAAUCCAAGCUGUAUUUUGCAGUGCGCCUCACGUUCGGUUGUAGGAGCAGUCCUUCCAUUUUCAAUCAGGUUUCCGAAGCCCUCUGCUGGAUAUUUUUAAACCGAGUCAGAGUUCCCUCUUUGCUUCACUUCCUGGACGAUUUUCUGCUAUUAGAUCCCCCGCAUGACAAUUCCGGCUCCUCGCUGUCCAAAUUGAAACUCCUGUUCCAAUAUCUGGGCGUCCCCCUCUCCGACGAGAAAACCAGUGGUCCAGCUACGCGCCUCGAGUUCUUAGGCAUUACUCUAGAUACAGUGGAAAUGAAAGCUUCUCUUCCAGCUGAGAAACUCGAACGCAUUCGCGAAAUAACCCACUCAGUCACGGCAUAUCAAGAAAUAACAAAACAGCAAAUGCUCUCUCUCCUCGGCCACCUAAAUUUCGCGAUGCGCGUGGUCCCUCAGGGUCGCUCGUUCAUUUCCAGACUGCUGGACAUGGCUGCGUCCGUGCCAAAUCUGCGUGACAAAAUCCUAUUGGAUGAUGGUUGCCGCUCCGAUUUGAAAUUUUGGUCGCAUUUGCUGAACCACUGGAACGGCGUGUCAUUCUUCUAUGAUGAUUUAGUAUAUUCAUCUGACUCGCUCAAAUUCUUCACAGAUGCCGCGCCCUCCGUGGGUUUUGGGGGCUAUUUUCAGGGCCAGUGGUUUGCCAGCAGAUGGCCCAAGUCCUUCCCUAAGGUCGAUUCCUCUUCAGCCCUGUAUGAAAUCUAUCCCAUUGCGGUAGCAUGCCACGUGUGGGGGAAAUCCUGGAAACGCAAACGCAUCGCUGUUCAGUGCGACAACGAGGCAGUAGUAGGCAUCAUCAAUAAAGGCCGUUCAGCCAGUCGCGAAAUCAUGCCAUUCAUGAGAUCCAUUACCUGGCUGUCCGUCACCCACAAUUUCAUUAUUACUGCCCGUCACGUGCCAGGCCGUGCUAACGUCAUUGCUGACUCCCUAUCCCGUUUUAAUUUCCAGGUUUUCAAGACUCUUUGCCCAGAAGCCAGCCCGACACCCACUGCAGUUCCUCCUCUAGAGGCACUAGCCCUCCACUAAACCCUCUCUCCUUGCAGCCAUAUUUAGAUUCAGCUAGGUUUUAUAUGAGGAAAGGUAUAGCGGCCUCUACCCUGAAAUCCUAUGAUUUUGCUUGGAAGAUUUUUGCUAUGUUUUGUGCUUCUCUUCAUCUGCCACUAAAACCCGUUACAAUCAGUG